AUGUCUACCACCGCUCCUGCAGACAACCAGGCCGCAGAGUUCCUCUGGCUGUGCCUCAAGGAGUCUGGCUACAAGAAGAUCGAUCAUCAGGCAGUCGGAGAGGCUUUGGGCAUCACUGGGAAUGCUUCGAGCCUCCGGUUCAUGCGUUUGCGCAAAGCAGUGGGUGAUGGCAAGCCCGUCAAGAACGAGCAUUAUGGUUUCCUCAAACUGUGCAUCGCCAAUUCGGACGUCGGCAAGAUCGAUUUCGCCAAGGUCGGCGCUGCUCUUGGCAUCACCCAGAAUGCAGCCAGCCUUCGCUACAUGAGACUUCGCAAGAAGGCCGGGGAUGAUCAAGGAAACCCCAGUCCAGCUAGAUCUGCGCCGUCGACACCGGUCAAGAAGACCCCUACAAAGACCACCAAGACCCCAGUGAAAGUCAUGAGGACUCCAGUAAAGAAUGCGAAGACCACCAAGACCCCAAACUCGAAGCGCAAGCGCAUCCAGGAGUCGGACGCUGAAGACGAUGUCACCAUCAAGAACGACAGUGGAGGAGAGGACACCAAGGACACCCUCAUGGCAUCCAGUCCCCCGUCUGCGACCCGUGUCUUGCGCGACAGGAGCAGCUCCGCCAAGCCCAAGUACGACUACGCCUCAGAUUCCGGCGCCGACAGCGAUGCGUCUGAGUGGAAGGGCGACAGCGACAUGAUGGCGACUCCGUCCAAGAAGAAGCAGAAGACCAUGAUGACGGACGCGACUGUGGGCGACACGGCAGCGACUCGAGAGCCGGUGAUCCAAGAGACUGUGGUCAAGCGUGAAACGACCGAGUACGAAUCUCCAGCAACUGAGCACGAACCUCCAGCGACUGGAUAUGGACCUCCAGCGACCCAGUAUGAACUUCCCGCGACCUCUUACGGAGAUAUGGUGGGGCUGGGCGACUCGACUGCGUUCUUCCCGCCGGCUCGUCGCCAGCCCAUGUCGUUCAUCAACUACGUGGAUGGAGAGGAGGUCUUCUACGAUGCCGAGACGGGUGACUACGAUGCGACGGGCGAGUAUGAUACCUCCUACUACUCUGGUGGCUUUCAGGAGGAGUAUGUCUAG